GGAGCAAGGCGGGCAGGGGGCGGGGCCGCAGCGCGGAGAUUGCUGGGCCAACCCAAGAUGGCGGCGGGGCAGCGGGGCGGAGAUCUCCGUUCCCUACGGCGGCUCCCCGGCUCGGCGCAGCUGUGAGGCGCGGAGCGUCCUGCGCGGGCGGCGGCGGCUCGGCGGGCGUGAAGGGCGCUGCGCGAGCCGGGCAGAGUGAGGAGGGAGAGGCGGAGAGUCGGGCGCGUGAGGAAGGAGGCGGGCGCUCGCCUGUGAGAGGGCGGUCCGGAGCGGCGGGCCGGUGCCGCCGGCUCGGGCGGAGCGGCGAUGGCCACCAUGGAAAAGCUGAUGAAGGCCUUCGAGUCGCUGCGCUCCUUCCAGCAGCAGCAGGUGCCGGCCGCCAUCCCCGAGGAGCCGCUGCAGAGACCAAAGAAAGAACUUUCAACUACCAAGAAAGAUCGAGUGAAUCAUUGCCUGACAAUAUGUGAAAACAUUGUUGCUCAGUCUCUAAGAAAUUCUCCAGAAUUUCAGAAGCUGCUGGGGAUUGCUAUGGAACUUUUUCUCCUCUGCAGUGAGGAUGCGGAAUCUGAUGUCCGAAUGGUUGCUGAUGAAUGCCUUAAUAAAGUUAUUAAAGCUUUGAUGGAUUCCAAUCUACCUAGGUUACAAUUAGAACUGUAUAAAGAGAUUAAAAAGAAUGGUGCUUCCCGAAGUCUGCGUGCUGCACUCUGGAGAUUUGCUGAGCUUGCUCAUCUAGUUCGGCCUCAGAAAUGCAGACCGUACUUAGUGAACCUUCUGCCCUGUUUAACACGAAUAAGUAAGAGACCUGAAGAAUCCGUACAAGAAACGUUAGCUGCGGCGAUUCCAAAAAUCAUGGCAGCAUUUGGCAAUUUUGCAAAUGACAAUGAGAUAAAGGUUUUAUUGAAGGCUUUUAUAGCUAAUCUUAAGUCCAGUUCCCCUACUAUCCGUCGAACGGCCGCGGGAUCAGCAGUAAGCAUCUGUCAACAUUCGCGAAGAAUGCAGUAUUUUUAUGCCUGGUUAUUGAAUGUACUUUUAGGCUUGUUGGUUCCUGUAGAAGAUGAUCAUCCUACGCUUUUAAUUCUGGGUGUUUUACUUACACUAAGGUAUCUCAUACCUUUAUUGCAACAACAAGUGAAGGAUACCAGCCUGAAAGGCAGUUUCGGUGUAACAAGGAAGGAAGCAGAGAUUUCACCUUCACCAGAACAGCUUAUACAGGUUUAUGAGUUGACUCUACAUUACACUCAGCAUCAGGACCAUAAUGUUGUGACUGGAGCUUUAGAAUUACUACAACAGCUCUUUAGAACACCACCACCUGAACUUCUCCAUGCCUUGACUGCUUUAGGGGGCAUUGCACAGGUCAGUGUAUCCAAAGAUGAAUCUGCCAUCAGGAACCGCAGUGGGAGCAUAGUGGAGCUCAUAGGUAAAAUACUUCUUGGUGAGGAGGAAGGUUUGGAAGAUGAUUCUGAAACCCGAUCAGAUGUCAGUGCUGCAUCAUUUGCAGCUUCUGUGAAAGGCGAGAUAACCAGUGAACUAGCUUCUUCAUCGGGUGUAUCAACGGCUGGGUCAGUAGGGAGUUCAGCUGCUGAUCCUACCGGACAUGAUAUCAUUACUGAACAGCCACGUUCUCAACAUACGUUGCAAUCAGACUCUGUAGACCUGUCAAGCUGUGAUUUGACGAGUACAGCUACUGAAGGGGAAGAUGAUGAUGUGCUUAGUCGAAGCUCUAGCCAGAUCAGUGCUGUCCAAUCAGAUCCCACUAUGGACUUGAAUGAUGGUACACAGGCUUCCUCACCAAUUAGCGAUAGCUCUCAGACUACUACUGAAGGUCCAGACUCCGCUGUAACUCCUUCGGACAGUUCUGAAAUUGUUUUGGAGGGUGCUGAAGGACAGUAUUCUGGAAUGCAAAUUGGGCAGCUGCAGGAUGAGGAAGAUGAAGCUGCAAAUAUUCUCCAGGAUGAUUCAUCAGAGUCCUUCAGGAGUUCUUCUAUUGCUCUUCAGCAGCCUCACCUGUUGAAAACCAUGAGCCAUAGUAGGCAGCCUUCUGAUAGCAGUGUUGACAGAUUUCCAUCAAAAGAAGAUGCAGUGGAACCUACUGAUCAUGAAAAUAAGCCCUCCAGGGUAAAAGGAGACAUAGGUCACUAUACCGAUGGAAAUUCUGCUCCUUUAGUACACUGCGUUAGACUUCUGUCAGCUUCUUUUCUACUUACUGGGGAGAAAGGAGCUUUAGUUCCGGAUAGAGAUGUGAGAGUCAGUGUAAAAGCCUUGGCAGUAAGUUGUGUUGGAGCAGCUGUUGCCCUUCAUCCCGAGUCUUUCUUCAGCAAACUGUAUAAAAUACCUCUUGAAGCAAUGGGAGAAGACUAUGAGGAGCAGUAUGUAUCAGAUAUUCUGAACUACAUUGACCAUGGAGAUCCCCAGAUUAGAGGAGCUACUGCUAUUCUCUGUGGAACAAUCAUCAAUUCUAUUCUGCUUAAAUCACGCUUUGAUGUGGAAAAAUGGCUAGUAAAUGUCAGAAGCUCAACAGGAAAUCUCUUUUCCUUGGUAGACUGCAUACCUCUAUUACAGAAAACGCUGAAAGAUGAGUCCUCUGUUACGUGCAAACUGGCUUGUACAGCUGUGAGGCAUUGCAUCAUGAGCUUGUGUAGUAGCAGUUAUAGUGAACUAGGUUUACAAUUAAUUGUAGACCUCCUUACGCUGAAGAAUAGCUCAUACUGGCUAGUGAGGACAGAACUUCUGGAAACGCUUGCAGAGGUAGAUUUUCGGCUAGUCAGCUUCUUGGAAGGAAAAACUGACAGCUUGCACAGAGGAGUUCAUCAUUAUACUGGUCUACUAAAACUUCAGGAGAGAGUGCUCAAUGAUGUUGUAAUCUGUUUGCUUGGAGAUGAAGAUCCGAGAGUGCGACAUGUCGCUGCAGCUUCAUUAAUGAGGCUUGUUCCAAAGCUGUUUUAUAACUGUGAUCAAGGACAAGCUGAUCCAGUUGUGGCAGUAGCAAGAGACCAAAGCAGCGUCUACCUGAAACUACUGAUGCAUGAAACACAGCCUCCAUCUCACUUUGCAGUGAGCACUAUCACUAGAACAUACAGAGGUUACAACAUGCUGCAAAGUCCCACAGAUGUCACUAUGGAAAACAAUCUUUCAAGGGUUGUUGCUGCAAUUUCCCAUGCAUUGACAAUAUCCACUACGAGAUCACUUACAUUUGGCUGCUGUGAAGCUUUGUGUCUUCUCUCCACAACCUUUCCAGUCUGCACCUGGACUGUAGGAUGGCACUGUGGUGUUUCCCAGCCAAGUCCUUCAGAUGACGCUCAGAAGGGCUGCACUAUUGGAAUGGCCGGCAUGGUUCUUUCUCUUCUUUCAUCAACAUGGUUCCCUUUGGACCUUUCUGCACAUCAGGAUGCUUUGAUUUUGACUGGAAACUUGCUUGCAGCAAGUGCUCCCAAGUGUUUAAAGAACCCUUGGAGUGCUGAAGAAGAUUCAAACCAAGGAGCUGCAAAGCAGGAGGAACCAUGGCCAGCUCUGGCUGAUCGAACUCUUGUUACUUUGGUAGAACAGCUCUUUUCUCAUCUACUGAAGGUCAUUAAUAUUUGUGCACAUGUAAUGGAUGAUGUUGCUCCUGGCCCAGCAGUAAAAGCAGCAUUACCUUCUCUCACAAACCCACCUUCUCUUAGUCCAAUUCGAAGGAAGGGGAAAGAGAGGGAACCUGUAGAGCAGACUUCUGUGCCAAUGAGCCCUAAAAAAGGUGGUGAAACUAGUCCAGCUACUAGGCAAACCGAUGCUAGUGGUCCUGCUCCAACAAGUAAAUCAUCUUCAGUAGGAAGCUUUUAUCAUCUUCCAUCAUAUCUGAAGUUAUAUGAUGUCUUGAAAGCGACUCAUGCUAAUUAUAAGGUUACUUUGGAUCUCCAGAACAGUAAUGAAAAGUUCGGAUGCUUCUUACGGUCUGCCUUAGAUGUUCUGUCGCAAAUCUUGGAACUUGCAACUCUUCAAGACAUUGGAAAGUGUGUGGAAGAAAUCCUGGGAUACUUAAAAUCAUGUUUCAACAGAGAACCAACAAUGGCAACAGUUUGUGUACAGCAGUUACUGAAGACAUUAUUUGGGACAAAUCUGGCUUCUCAGUACGAUGGCUUGUCUUCAAACACCAACAAAGCUCAAGGCAAAGCUCAACGCUUGGGUUCUUCCAAUUUGAGACCUGGUCUCUAUCAUUAUUGCUUCAUGGCACCAUAUACACAUUUUACCCAGGCACUUGCUGAUGCUAGUCUAAGGAAUAUGGUUCAGGCUGAACAAGAACACGAUGCUUCGGGAUGGUUUGAUGUGCUGCAAAAAGUUUCUACACAGCUGAAAACUAAUAUUACCAGUGCAGCAAAGCACCGUGCUGAUAAGAAUGCUAUUCACAGUCACAUUCGUUUAUUUGAACCCCUUGUCAUAAAAGCAUUGAAACAAUACACUACUACAACAUCAGUACAGCUGCAGAGACAAGUUUUAGACUUGCUUGCUCAACUGGUUCAGCUACGAGUUAACUACUGUCUUCUGGAUUCGGAUCAGGUGUUUAUUGGAUUUGUGCUAAAGCAGUUUGAAUACAUUGAAGUAGGACAGUUCAGAGAAUCUGAAGCAAUUAUUCCAAAUAUCUUUUUUUUUCUGGUGUUGCUGUCUUAUGAGCGGUAUCAUUCCAAACAGAUAAUUGGAAUUCCAAAGAUCAUUCAGCUGUGUGAUGGUAUCAUGGCCAGUGGGAGGAAAGCUGUUACACAUGCAAUACCAGCUCUGCAGCCCAUCGUUCAUGAUCUGUUUGUGUUAAGAGGAACAAAUAAAGCUGAUGCUGGGAAGGAGUUGGAAACUCAGAAGGAAGUGGUGGUGUCAAUGCUGCUGAGACUUAUUCAGUACCACCAGGUGCUGGAAAUGUUCAUCUUAGUAUUGCAGCAGUGUCAUAAAGAAAAUGAAGACAAAUGGAAAAGAUUAUCUCGGCAAAUAGCUGACAUUAUUCUCCCAAUGCUUGCAAAACAACAGAUGCACAUAGAUUCUCAUGAUGCUCUGGGGGUACUGAACACUUUGUUUGAAAUUUUGGCUCCUUCAUCUCUUCGCCCUGUCGACAUGCUUUUAAGGAGUAUGUUUGUUACUCCUAAAACAAUGGCAUCAGUGAGCACUGUCCAGCUAUGGAUUUCUGGAAUUUUAGCUAUUCUUAGAGUUCUCAUUUCACAGUCCACAGAAGACAUAGUUCUAUCCCGUGUACAAGAGCUUUCUUUCUCACCAUAUUUGAUUUCACGUCAAGCAAUUAACAGACUGAGACGUGGUGAAAAUAACAUAUCUACACAAGAGGAUCACACUGAGGUCAAACAGACUAAAUAUCUGCCUGAAGAGACAUUUUCUAGGUUCUUAUUACAACUGGUUGGUAUUCUACUGGAAGAUAUAGUUACCAAACAACUGAAAGUGGACAUGAAUGAGCAGCAACACACUUUCUAUUGCCAAGAGCUGGGCACUUUGCUUAUGUGCUUAAUACAUAUCUUCAAAUCAGGGAUGUUCAGAAGAAUCACAGCUGCAGCCACCAGGCUUUUUACAGGAGAUGGAUCUGAUGGUAGUUUCUAUACCCUUGAAAGUCUGAGUGACCUUGUUCAGUCCAUGAUUCCCACACAUCCUUCCUUAGUUCUCCUCUGGUGUCAGAUCCUGCUUCUUGUUAAUUACACGAACUACAACUGGUGGUCAGAAGUGCAUCAAACUCCAAAGAGACACAGUCUUUCUACUACUAAAUUACUUAGCCCUCAGAUAUCUGGAGACAGUGAUGAAUCAGAUUCAGAAUCUAAACGUGGCAUGUGCAAUCGAGAGAUAGUGAGAAGAGGAGCACUCAUUCUUUUUUGUGACUAUGUUUGUCAAAACCUACAUGAUUCAGAACACUUGACUUGGCUUAUUGUGAAUCAUGUUCAAGACUUGAUUAAUCUGUCCCAUGAGCCUCCAGUACAAGACUUCAUUAGUGCUGUUCACAGAAAUUCAGCAGCCAGUGGUCUCUUCAUCCAGGCCAUUCAGUCACGGUGUGAGAAUCUUGCAGCUCCUACAACUCUGAAGAAGACUUUACAGUGCUUAGAGGGGAUACAUCUCAGCCAGUCUGGAGCAGUCUUGACAUUGUAUGUUGAUAAGCUUCUUUGUACUCCAUUCCGUGUGCUUGCUCGCAUGGUUGACACACUGGCUUGCCGUCGGGUAGAAAUGCUUUUGGCUGCAACUUUACAGAACAGCAUAACUCAGUUGCCAGUUGAAGAACUGGAUAGAAUUCAGGAAUACCUUCAGAACAGUGGAUUAGCAACGAGACACCAAAGACUUUACUCGCUCUUGGAUAGAUUUCGUCUUAUGGUAGCACCAGACACAACUAGUCCUUCACCUCUGGUUACCUCGCACCCACUAGAUGGGGAAGACCAACCAGGUUUAGAGAAUGUAAUUCUAGAUAAAGACUGGUAUAUGUCACUAGUGAGGUCACAGUGUUGCAUCAAGUCUGACUCAGCACUACUAGAGGGUGCAGAACUGUUAAAUAGGAUUCCUCAGCCUGACCUGAACUCCUUCAUGAACAGCAAGGAAUUCAACCUGAGCUUAUUAGCGCCUUGUUUAAGCCUUGGCAUGAGUGAAAUCUCAAGAGACCAGAAGAGUAGCCUUUUCGAAGCAGCUCGGAGGGUAACGCUGGAUCAUGUGUCGACCACUGUACUAAACCUUCCUGCCAGCCACCAGGUUUUCCAACCACUUUUGCCAACUGAGCCAUCGGCCUACUGGAAAAAACUAAACGAUAUCUUUGGAGAUGAGGUGAUGUAUCAGUCUGUGAUGACGCUUUGUCGUGCACUCGCUCAGUAUUUGUUGUUACUCUCAAAACUACCAACCAGUCUCCGUGUUCCUCCUGACAAAGAGGAUGAUAUCCUGAAAUUCGUAGUGAUGUCAAUAGAGGCGUUAUCAUGGCGUUUAAUACAUGACCGACUUCCAAUAAGUAUAGAUAUGCAAGCUGCUCUGGAUUGCUGCUGUCUGACUUUACAGCAACCUAGCCUCUGGAAUUUGCUGGCUUCUGCAGUUAAUGUGACAUAUGCUUGCUCCUUAAUUAAUUGCGUUAAGUUUAUCAUAGAAGCAGUUGCAGUUGAACCUGGAAAUCAACUUCUUAGUCCUGAAAGAAAGAAGAAUACUUCAAAAGGUUUAAGCGAGGAUGAAGUUGAUUCAAACAUGCACAAAAUGAAACACAUUACUGCAGCUUGUGAAAUGAUAGCUGAGAUGGUGGAAUGUUUGCAGACUGUCCUGGCUUUGGGUCAUCAUAGAAACAGCAGUAUUCCAGCAUUUCUUACUCCUGUCCUCAAGAACAUCAUCAUCAGUUUAGCAAGGCUGCCUCUAGUGAACAGUUACACAAGAGUGCCCCCCUUGGUCUGGAAAUUAGGCUGGUCACCAAAGCCUGCAGGUGACUUUGGCACAGUUUUUCCUGAAAUCCCAGUAGAAUUUCUUCAAGAAAAAGAAAUCUUUAAAGAGUUCAUCUAUCGCAUUAACACACUUGGAUGGAUCAGCCGUACCCAGUUUGAAGAGACUUGGGCUACUUUGCUUGGUGUACUUGUAACUCAGCCUAUUGCAAUGGACCAAGAAGAGAACCAACAAGAGGAAGAUACAGAGAGGACCCAAAUUAAUGUUCUUGCAGUACAAGCCAUAACUUCCUUGGUGCUGAGUGCAAUGACAAUACCUGUUGCAGGCAAUCCAGCAGUCAGCUGUUUGGAACAGCAGCCUCGCAACAAAGCUUUAAAGGCUCUGGACACAAGGUUUGGGAGGAAGCUAAGUGUUAUCAGGGGAAUUGUUGAACAAGAAAUCCAAGCAAUGGUAUCUAAGAGAGAUAAUAUUGCUACUCAUCACUUAUAUCAAGCUUGGGACCCUGUUCCAUCACUUUCUCCUGUUAGUACAGGUGCUCUUAUCAGCCAUGAAAAACUCUUAUUGCAAAUCAAUACUGAACGAGAAAUAGGAGAUAUGGAUUAUAAACUGGGGCAGGUCUCUAUACAUUCCAUAUGGUUAGGAAAUAAUAUCACUCCACUGAGAGAAGAAGAGUGGGGUGAGGAUGAGGAAGAUGAGAAUGACAUACCUGUUCCUUCCUCACCACCAACCUCUCCUAUUAACACCAGGAAGCAUCGGGCUGGUGUAGAUAUACAUUCUUGUUCUCAGUUCUUACUUGAGCUAUAUAGUCAGUGGAUAUUGCCAUCAAACCCUAACAAGAGAACGCCGGUCAUAUUGAUUAGUGAAGUGGUGCGAUCACUUCUUGCAGUAUCGGACUUAUUUACAGAAAGAAAUCAGUUUGAGAUGAUGUAUACAACGCUGACAGAAUUGCGAAAGGUGCAUCCAUCAGAAGAUGAGAUUCUUAUACAGUACUUGAUACCAGCCACUUGUAAGGCUGCAGCUGUUCUUGGGAUGGAUAAAGCUGUGGCUGAACCAGUUAGUCGACUGCUGGAAUCUACCUUGAGAAGCACCCAUAUGCCAAGUCGAAUUGGGGCUCUGCAUGGAAUUCUUUAUAUCCUUGAGUGUGACCUGCUUGAUGAGACAGCGAAGCAACUCAUUCCAAUCAUCAGCGAGUAUUUGCUCUCCAAUUUGAGAGCAGUAGCACAUUGUGUGUCUGUCCAUAACCAACAGCAUAUCUUAGUAAUGUGUGCUGCUGCAUUCUAUUUGAUAGAGAACUAUCCGCUUGAUGUAGGACCUGAAUUCUCUGCAGGAAUUAUACAGAUGUGCGGAGUCAUGGUGUCUGGAAGCGAUGAAUCCACACCAUCCAUUAUUUACCAUUGCGUCCUGAGGGGAUUAGAACGACUCCUCCUUUCGGAGCAGCUUUCCAGGCUGGAUAGUGAAUCUCUGGUUAAACUGAGUGUUGACAGAGUGAAUGUGCAGAGCCCCCACAGAGCAAUGGCAGCUCUUGGGUUAAUGCUGACUUGCAUGUAUACAGGAAAGGAAAAAGUCAGCCCCAGUCGUUCCACAGAUGCAAAUCCUGCAGCCCCCGACAGUGAAUCUGUGAUCGUGGCUAUGGAACGAGUAUCUGUUCUUUUUGAUAGGAUCCGGAAGGGAUUUCCUUUUGAAGCUAGAGUAGUGGCCCGAAUCCUUCCACAAUUCCUUGAUGAUUUUUUCCCUCCACAAGAUGUAAUGAAUAAAGUUAUUGGAGAAUUUCUGUCCAAUCAGCAGCCUUAUCCACAAUUUAUGGCAACAGUAGUUUAUAAGGUAUUCCAGACACUACAUACCACUGGACAGUCCUCAAUGGUCCGUGACUGGGUGAUGCUGUCUCUCUCUAAUUUCACACAGAGAACACCUGUAGCAAUGGCAAUGUGGAGUCUUUCCUGUUUUUUUGUCAGUGCUUCCACCAGUCAAUGGAUUUCAGCAAUUCUUCCACAUAUUAUCAGCAGAAUGGGAAAACUGGAGCAAGUGGAUGUUAACAUCUUCUGUUUGGUGGCCAUAGACUUUUACCGACAUCAGAUCGAUGAAGAAUUAGAUCGGAGGGCGUUUCAGUCAGUGUUUGAGGUGGUAGCAUCUCCAGGAACCCCAUAUCAUCGCCUCCUAACUUGUUUGCAAAAUGUCCACAAGGUCACAGCAUGUUGAAUGUCCUGAUGCAUAACGGAAUUGCAUGACUAGUGUUGGAAUCUGAUGUGAAUUAUAGGAAAUGCGAGAUCGAGAAAGUAUCUGGGGUUGCAUUUGCGAUAAGCAUGGACCUGCCACUUAUUUUCUUCUGGAAUGCAUGGAGAAGUGCUCUGCAGCACUGGAAAUAACCUGAAAAAUCUAGUGUAGUUUUUGUUGUUCUUGACACCAGCCACCUGUGGGUGGAAAGAGUUGUCAGUGUUCUACAAGUGGUGUUUGGGACUAACCUGAGACAGAUUUACUAACUGUAAACUAUGAGCAAGUGCUACACACAAGGUAACUGGUAUUACUCUUCUUCCUAAUGUUCAGCUGAAGCCACUGUGUUGCAGCUGUUAAGAAACUGAUAGAAACACUCUAUUAUUACAAGCUGCAGUCAUUAGAAAACUUCAUAGUUUUAUGUACAUGUAUAUACCGUUGUGUAGUACAAAAUAGAAUUUGUUGAAUUGAAUUGUCUUUCCCAGACAAGGACAAGAGAAAAUGGCUUUCAUGAGUUACACUUCCAGCAUGUAAAUCCUCUCCAGACUUUCUUAUAUCCUGUGGUGCACGUGUUGGUGGUAUCAGAGAUGUGGUGCACAUGCGUAACCACACUUAGUUUCUUUUUUUCCUCUCAGGAUUUAAAAUUUGAGUACGGUAUAUCAGUAAAAGAAAUUUUAACUUAAAUAUUUCUAUUUCUAUAUCAUGUACAGUAUGUAAAAUUGUAAGAUGUGUGAUGCAUGAGCUGUGAUGUAAUUUGAGAUGAACAGAAGCCACGCUACUGAAUGUCUUGACAUCUGUAUUGUCCUCAUUUUUCCUUGUGCUCAGAUUUAUGUUCCUUUUGAAAACCCAUCUUAAUGUACAGAUUACAUCUUGUUUUGCAUCUCACUUUUUCUUAAAGCGCUUUGAAACUGGAAUAUGUUGAUUUAAUGUGUCUUGAGUGACUGUAUUACGGAGGCAUUCUUGUGGUCCACUUGUAGCUUCUGAAUUCCUUUAUCUAGAAAUGUAACGGUAAAAGAGAGGACUAGUUACUUUGGAUCAGCCUUUUGUAUACUUAAGAAAUGGCUCUUAUCUGCUGCACAGCAUUUAAGAGACAGUAGCGCAAGCUCCCCAGUAGUCAAUAACCAUUUGACCUUUCCUAACUGAGACCAUGGAGUCAACUGGAUUCAAACCACACUCACUUUGAACAAAUUUAUACUAGCAGUUGAGAAUCAGAAGGCUGCUGUGGUCUACUUUGGGACUGGCUAAGGUGUUAGAUUACACAACUGCUUUUAUUACCUGUCAUACGCAUAAUGCUUUAGACACACAGUACAAAUAUCAAGAAUUUUAUAGCACUACACAGGGCCAGAUUUAGCUUUUACUUACCACCCAGGAAACCCCACUGAUUCAUAAACGUUACAUGGGGAAAGCACAGCGUUUGUCUGUAGUUGUAUUUGCUAUAAUUUUUAAUUAUAUAAAAAUGAUAGCUGGGUUUUCAGUCACGUCCUAUAUUUAACCUCUCUUCACUUUCUUAUCACACCUUUUGGUGACACUUGGAAAAAUGAGAUAGUGUUGUCAGGAGGAGCAUGUACUUGUAUGUAUUUCUGUAUAUAAUGUAUAUGUGGAAAUUAUACACGUGACAACAUUUAAUGUAAACAAAUGUGUAUAUUUGUAUUUAUUAAACCCAUGUAUUUAAACUAAUUCCAAUCUAGACCAAAAAUUGUUACUUCUGCCCAUAAAUUGAUUUAAAAGGAAUUGUCCACUGGUGUCACUUCCUCUUAAAAAGGCAAAACUGAUAAUAUGGGCAGUAGAAACAACUGUAGACAUUGCUGUAUUUAGCUCUCUACAGAUCUUACUAUCUAGAGCAAUUAUUUCUGCCCUUAGUUGGGUUACUCUUAUUUCUUGGGCCACAGCACUGUGGUGAUUUUUAAAAGAAGCUGAAUAGGAGUUCAGAAAAAGAUUUAAUAGAUACUGUUUGAAAGUUUUGAAUUACAUUGGAAAUUAUCUUAAUUCUGACAAGAGACUAAUUCAAGGCAGUGACGUAUAAUGCCCUGUGCUUUCAUUAAGGGUAGUAUAGAUCACUCUUCCCUUUUGUAACCACCAAUAAUCGUUUUGUACUGUAAACCCACACACCAGUCAGUUUUUGUAUGAUAUAUAGUUUAAGUGAAGAUAUUUUUGUAAGCUAUUUUCCAAAAUUUAAAAUAGAUUUUAAUAUAUUUUUUAAGCAUCAGGUUAGUCAUAUUCUCACCAACAGUAUGUGUUGUGUUACAAACCAUUAAAUUCUUCAUAAUUUUAAGCUCCUCAUGAUUAACACAGACUAGUUGGUUACUUUACCUAGGGAUAAUGGGAGCUAGUCCCUUUAUGAAACUUUCCAAACCAACCGAUUUGGGACUUGCCAUAGAAUCUUUCCAACCACUGAAAGGAGUGUAUUGAACCAAGCAGUCAGCAUGGCUGGAUGAGAAGCAUCUGAUGUGACAAAGCCCCUUUUCCUCAAAUGGCCUUUAAGCAAAUACUUGUGUUACCCAGUUCUAGGAGCUGAUGCAGUCAGUUCUACCCUCAUGGAUUCACUGCUAGUAAUUACUCCCUCUGUUUGGACUUCUCUUGGAGAUUUGUCGUAGUAUAUAUAUACCUCCUGAAGUAUGUUUCUGAAACUUCUAAAAGGAGCUGCUGUUCUUUAGAAGUUCUUAGUGACCUGCAGGGAAUGUAUCUUAAGGGCCUUCCUAGUGGAAAUGGGCACACAAGUAGUGCUUCAAAUCUAACGUGUCAGCUGCAGUGCACUUUGCUGUCCUCUUCCUGUACUUGCUUUCCCCACUCUUCCUUCUUUUGGAGUGAAAUUGUACUUAAAAUCACUCCUUCCUGCUUGUAGUGACAAGAGUCAAUAGGUCUGCGAUGGGGACAGCAACAGCAGAACAAAACAGCAGAACAGUGGUCGCUAAGAAAUCCUGAUGUUGGAUUUAAGGGAAAAAAAUGCAGAACAUUUGAAAUCAUUUAUUACUCAAAGUAUUCAGAAUAUUUUCUUUUCUACUUAUGCUUUUUUGCCAGUUGAAACAGAAUGUGAGUUUAUGUAAAUCUUCUCUUGAGCAUAUACUCAGAUAUCAUUUCUUCCCUAAAGUAAAUGAAUGAUUGUGCACUACUUCUGCUUUGGUAGGAAUGCCUUCUCAGUACCAAGAAGUUUCGUUUCUUAAAAAACAGAGCAUUCCUUAAGCAUUAAGUAAUGAUUGAAGUGACUUAGAUCAAAUGAAGUGGGGAAUGAGUGGAAGCUUUUGGAUUAAAAGAAAUUUGUUCACUUAAUAGAUUUACCUUAAAGAGUGUUCUGUCUUCCCGUUCUCCUUUUUAAAUGGCUGUUAACUUCAUAUAGCGGAUAAGGAGGUUGUGUCAAAAACACCGCAAAGACAGUUCUCCAAGAGCAGCAGAUGUAUUUUUUGUCUUACACAUUCGUGGAGCUGUCAUACCUAAGCAUUUAUGCUUCCUAAAUAGAAGAAAUUUUAAGAGUAUAAUGAGCAAUAAAUAUAGCAAUAAGCAGUCUGAUUAAAUUUGGUCAUUCAGAAUCUUACCCAGUGGUUGAAAGGGAUGGGGUGGGAGUAAAAGGUAUUGGUUCAAGUACAUUGACUGCAUAAGACAGAUGUUUUCCUGUACAAUCCCAAGUAAAAUUUGCACUAAUGAUAGAAAUCAAUUAUAUGACAAUGGUAAGUGCUUUGCUCUUUUAUUUUUAAAACAAUUCUGGUUACAGGGAUACAGAUGAGAAAAGUUAUAAAGGAGCAAAGUACUUUGGUACUUUAAUUUAGAUAGUUUCCUUAUUUUAGAGUUUAAAAAAAAAAAAGCAAGCUGCUGUAAGAACUAGAGUAAGCAAUGUAGCAAAAUUACGGAGAAGUUCAAUAUGCUGAUCUUAUACUGAGAUUUCAGGCGAACUCUUUGUGCAUGCUACUUUGAAGCAUCCAUUGAAAAAUCUUGAGAAUCCCACAGUCAUACCCAGGAGAGCUUCUGUAGUAUGUCAGCUUUUAGUUGUAUUCACGUUGCCUGGGUAUAAAUGCUGCAGAGCAUUUGUGAAGCAUGCGCUGCUUUCUGUCAUGUGCAUUUGUGUGAGCUUAUCAUUCCCAUCAGUCUGUGUACGCAUACCAUCAAGUUGGUUCAACCUGACGCAGGACGAGGCGAAGGCAUGCGAUGUACAGCACCCCGUGGUGUUGUCUUAUAGAGCUCGAGGGCAGUGAUGAGCGAAAGCUUGGAGCCCCAACCCAAAGAACAAUUGUACUCAAAAUAAAAGGAAAGCGUAUAAUUUUAGAUGUAUGUUUAAGUUUAAAGAAAUGCUGAAAAUACUGCAAUUUGAAACUAAAAGAGAAAAUAAAAUAUAACAAUUGCUGUAAGA